AUGGAGGAACAACACUCUCAAGACGACCUCAUGGCUUUCUGCCGACCCGGCUGUGGCAAUCCCGUCCUUGCAAAAGUUUUGAUUGAUGAGAAACUACUCGACGAUGGGUCGGCUACGGUGUACUACUUCUUCAAAGACAACAAGGAGAGCGACCUCUUCCGCGAGCACGCCAGCAAAGCGAUAGAUCACUAUGGAAGUGGAUUAAGGGCUGAUUUCGACGCUCUUUGGAAUUUGUGGACAAUCGCAAUCUUCGAUCCCUCAAAUCAAGAUGUCGUCUGUGUAAUCGACGCCUUGGACGAAUGCCGCCAGCCAGACCGCCAUCGACUAAUAGCGGAGCUCGAUCGGUUCUACACAUUCUCCCCAGAAAGAUCAAGAAUCGGACCGAAAGUGAAGUUCCUGAUUAUGAGUCGACCGUAUGGUGAUAUUGAACGCAGAUACGGCAGACUUACCAACCGGUUUCCUACUAUUCGUCUAGCUGGUGAAGAGGAGUGGGUGAACAUUAGCCAAGAGAUCGGCCUGGUGAUGCAAGUCAAGGUAGACGAAACUGUGGAAGAAAGAGGCCUCUCUGAUGAGAUUCGGAAAGCUCUGAAAAGCCAAUUCUCAGAAACUCGAAACACGACUUUUCUCUAA